AUGGCGAUGAUGAUGAUGAUAACAGUCCAAGAGAUCACAGUUUCCCAAGCUAGAAAGCCCUAUGAUGUCCGAGAUGUUAUUGAGCAGUAUUCUCAGGGUCACCUCAACCUCAUGGUGCGAAUCAAGGAGUUACAGAGGAGAUUGGACCAAUCCAUAGGGAAGCCAUCUCUUUUUAUCUCUGUCUCAGAAAAAAACAAAGAUAGAGGGAAUAACACGAUUGGUGCCAGGCUGAACAGGGUGGAGGACAAGGUCACACAAAUGGACCAGAAGCUGAACCUCAUCACAGAUAUGCUGCAUCAUCUGGUUUCCCGUCACCAUGGGGAUCAAGGGAACAACAGAUCGUCUCAGAGAGGCAACAACAUCAAUUCAGAUCCGUUCCACCCGAAUAACGCCCUGCCGACCUACGAGCAACUGACAGUACCGAGAAGAGACGAAGAUGAUAUAUCCUGA